AGAUUAUUCAUCAUUAGAAAUACGCGUCGCCUGAAGUCGAAGUUAAAUGGAUAAUUCUCCAGACUCAGAAACGGACGCUCAACCCAAAAGGAUGAUAUCUUCGAAUGAAUUGGACUCGAUACAAAAAGACUUAAAAGCAGCUAUCCAGAAUCAUGCAGUAUGUACAGAGGCCAUAUACACUUUUUUAACAUUAUCACUUUAGUUCAAACUAACCGUUCAUAGUUGGAGGAAAAUCUCUCCUCUGCUUUUUUGUUUUUGCUUGUUCAUAGAGAAUCCAUUAUUAGAGUUCGUACUAACUUCACAUGGCACAAAAUUAACCUAAACUAGUUUUAGUUUUUUAGUCAGUGGCACAAUCUAGAUUAGAUUCCUCUAUAUUCGGUAUAAUAAGAUUUAUAAAUUUUUCCAUUUUUUUAGGCUCUUGGUAUUAAAGCAAAACAAUUUCCGGAUGAUAAAUCUAUUCGAGUAGAACUAGAUGGACUUGCAGAAAAAAUUAUGGUCUUAAACGAUAAACAGAAAGAAGUUGUGAAUAAAAUAAGGCAGCUAUCGAAUGCAACAAAGCAAAAUAAACAGGAGGCGCCAGCGAUUUUGAGUAAAGUUUCGAUUAUGAGUAGAAGACCAAAUGUUUCGAGGAGCCCAUCUAUUUUGUCUCCGGCAAAAUCUCCAAACAGAAAUUUACCCUCACCAAAAGUGCAAAUAGCUUCUAAUUUCCCUGCUCAACACAAACCUCGGAAGUCUGAACUGAAACCUCGAUGCCAUUCUCCGCCUAUUAAGGUCCCUUCUUUCCAACCAUCAACGCCUCCUUCCCCGGCAACACCACCCAUAAAUCGAUCUCCUUCUAUUACGCCGAGUAAAAAAGCCAAAAUGUACAACGCUCCAAAAGUUCGAUCUGUAGAAAAGAGGACUAGUCCUCCUCCUGAUAAUACAAUGGAACAUGAAGAACCUGUAUACCCUUUUAGCAAUGGUUGGCUAAGUUCCGAAAAGAAUCCCGAAAAGAGUGCCGAAUUACAAUUUAUGUGGAGUUUGAAAUUAGUACCUAUUGCCCAAGCAGAGGAAAUGAGGAAACGACGUUCAGAAAGGAAGCGGAGGAGCACUGCUAAUCCUCAAUUUAGUUAUAGUAACUCUGCGGGUGGAGAUAGAUUUCGAGGAAGAAAGUACUAUUCCGUAAUUAAAGCGGUAAAACCUUUGAAAUAUUAGGUGCAUCCUAUUUUCAAUUUAUUAUUCAUAUUCUAAACGGAGCUUACUUAAUAACGUAUAUUGUACAAUAAAAAGCUAGUUCAGUAAAAGAUAAUCGAAAACGAAGAAGAAUUAUGCUACUAUAUGUUCCAGAUCAUUUACAGCUUUAAAAAGACACUUGAAUAGAUUGUAAUAUUACGCAUAGUUUUAAUAUAUUUUUUUACUUUUUUUUUCAACUAAUCAGAAUUAAUGCUAAAACUAUUAUUCGUACUAAUUAUAUAAAAUUUAUUAUGUCUGCUAUUUAUUAAUAUGUUCGUUAUAAUUUUUGUUAUUUUCCUCAAUUAUUCUUGAGUACAAUUUUUAUUUUUUGUGCUUUUUUUUUUUAUAUAUUCCCUCGCCCCCUCCCCCCCUUCCUUUCACACACAGUCCUCUUUAAACAAGUACUUGUGCAAUUGUCCAGUUUUUCUGUUUUGUUAUUCAAAGGCUAAUUACUUUUCUCUUUUUAUUUCAACAGUUAUCUGACCGGCGACCAAAAUCUUCUAGUUUUUAUCAUACGUUGAGUUCUCGUAUGAGAUCUCUUGAAGAUGAAAAGUCAUCAUUAACAGAUAGUAUUGAAAAAAGUCGAACUAAUGUUAGGAAUAUGAAAACAAAUAGUGAAAACAAAAAGAAAAAAGCUGAUGAAUUAGUUAGCAUAAAUAAAUCGAACCAGGUAAAGUUAAAAAAAUUGGAGCAAUAUCUAUUAGCAAUUCAACAACUCGUUCCGAGUCCUAGUCCUCCAAGUGAAUGAAUUCAUCUCCUCAUUAAUAUCGUUAUAAUUAUUAUUAUAAUUAUGUUCAUUGUGCGAGAAGGUGCUAAAAUGAUUUUUUUCAAAUUAUUUGAAGACACCUGCCUCUAUAGGUUUUAAAAUCAAACUCUUCCGCUUGAUAUAGCAAAUUAUGAUUAUUUUAACUUUAUUAUUUAUUACCUAUCAUUUUAGUGCCGAAUCUUUAAAACAUCCUAUCUGUCUUUUUAGUAAAAAGAGAUGAAAACACAUUUUUUUUAUUGUUAAAAAAAGUGUUCUACUGAGAAAAAAUACUUGUUGUUACGAUAUUUUUCAUUGAUAUAUAUCAUACUAGUCAUAUGAUAUUUCUUUGUUCACGUUUUUCUUAUAUCCAUUCAUUGUAUGGAGUUUAUCAUAAUUUUUUUUUUUGGGAAAAUUAAGUACCUUUGUAAAUGGAUAGAAUUAUUUACAUUCAAAAAUAUAUGGAUAUACUUUAUAUCUCUA